GGCUCCCGCGUGAGCAACUUAUUCAUCAACGCGAUUUCGAAUAAGAUACAGUUACCAAAAGCGGCAACCAUUCAACGAAUUCAGUCUCCCUAUUUACAUAUAUAUUAACGCUUGGAUGGUACUCUAAACCAAGUGCGAAGCCAGUACCAGCGUAGCAGCAGGUUCUGUUUCUCCACGGUCUUGUGAACAUUUGAACAGGUGAACGCCGCUAGACCGCAUGGACAGGCCCUGAUGGGGACUUGCUCAGUGUCGAGAACAACAUGGCCACGAAAUAGCUUUAGUGAGACGCGAAAGUUUUUAGUCGCAACUGCUUUUUACUUGACGGAUACGCCGUUAGAAACGGUCGUUUUCGACGUUUUUCCCGACGGAAAACUAUUCGUUUCGGGUGAAAUUGUGUGCAGUGCCCAUCUGGAUACUGCCGAAGACCUGCUGGAGAUCAGGCGAACCUUGUGACACCUGUCAAACUAGUGACGCUUAUUGUGGUGUUAAAAGGACAUCAAAAUGAUUCAAAGUUCGUACAAAGCGAUGUACCGGCCGAAUUUCUACGAAAGCACGUGCCUGCGGUGCAACGAAACGGUAUACCAGGUGGACCGGGUGGGGCCCUUGAAGGAUUUUACGUUUUUUCAUAGUGGUUGUUUCAAAUGUGCGGUAUGCGGCACCAAAUUGACGCUGAAAACGUACUACAACAACCAGCACAGACAGGAGGACAAGGAGGUGUAUUGUAGUGGGCACGUGCCGAAAAUCGGGCCCGGACAUUUGGACGGAUCGUCUGUGGGCAUUCGAAGUGCCCUCAAUGUUCCGAAAUCCUCCAAUUUUGUCAACGAACAGAUUCGCGGUCCUGGCAGGAGCAGCGUCGAGGGCGAAGCUAUUCAUGUGCGUACGCAUGUCAAUGGUAACUCACAACAGCCCCAUUCGCCCCCGUAUGGGGAGCGGCCCCACUACAGCCCCACAUCGUACACUGAUGGGGCUUCUCCCACUGGAGGCUACCAAUAUGGUCGAUUCGAUGCCAGCGCCCUUCACAUAGCGCACGCCCUCAAGCAAACUGAGCUACAGAAAAGCUACAAGAUCCAUAGGGAAAAACCCAUUGAUGUAUAUUUGGACAGAGACGAACAAAGACGCUUGGAAAUGAAGCAUCGGAAGGAGGAGGAUGAUCUUUACCGGAAGUUUGCGCGCCACCGCGAAGAAGAAGAGCGCCGAAUUAGGGAUGAAAUUCGGGAUGAAUGGGAGAAAGAACUAGAAAGGCUAACGAACCGCUUCGAGAGGGAAAUGCAAAUGAAGCGCAACAAAAGGGAUGACCAAAACGUGCUCACGCUAAGACACCAACAGGAGCGGGAGGACUUGGAGAAAAACAUGACUCUACGACGGGAUAAAAAGAAGGAAUCCCUAACGAGGAAGAUGCUGGAACACGAAAGGGCUGCGACUGCCGCUCUGGUUGAGAAACAAAGCCACGAAAUGUUGGAACUUAUCAAUGAAAAACGCAGCGAAUACAUGCAGGCCGAGUCUCUGUACUUGGACCACAACGACGGUUACACUGAGGAGGCACAGCCUUAUCCCGUGCAUGCGCCGCCUCCUGCGCCUCCUGCUUUAAGCAAAUUCCAAGUCUAUAACGAUCCGGUGGAAUUCUCCAAUGUGGAUCAGAUCGCUAUAUCAGUUGCUCAAGAAGACCAAAAAUCCUUCACUGACCUGGUGAGGCAGCUUGUGGGGCGGUGCGGCUCAGACAUAGAAAAAGCCCGAACGAUCUUCAGGUGGAUAACAGUGAAGAACUUGAAUACCAUGUCUUUUGACGAUAAUUUGCGAGGCGAUACCCCCAUGGGGCUGCUUAGGGGCAUAAAGAAUGGCACCGAGAGUUAUCAUGUGCUGUUUAAGAGGCUGUGCAGCUAUGCAGGGUUGCACUGUGUGGUGAUCAAGGGCUACUCAAAGUCGGCAGGAUAUCAGCCAGGAGUGCGGUUUGAAGACAAUCGGUUCCGAAACUCUUGGAAUGCGGUUUAUGUAGCUGGAGCGUGGAGGUUUGUGCAGUGCAACUGGGGAGCCAGGCAUCUGGUCAAUGCCAAGGAGGCGCCGAAGGCUGGAAACAAAGCCAAAUCCGAUAGUUUAAGGUACGAGUACGACGAUCACUACUUCCUAACGGAUCCCAAAGAAUUUAUUUACGAGUUCUUCCCGCUGCAAGCCGAGUGGCAACUGCUGAAGAAUCCCAUCACGCUGCAGGAAUUCGAAGAAUUGCCGUUCGUCCGGUCGCUGUUCUUCCGCUAUGGGCUUUACUUCUCCGACCCCAAGACGAAAGCCGUCAUGUUUACGGAUUCGACCGGGGCUGCCACUGUAAAAAUCGCCAUGCCUUCACACAUGCAAGGAACGCUGAUAUUUCACUACAACCUCAAGUUCUACGACAGCGACGGGGAUACCUUUGAAAGUGUCUCGCUGAAAAGAUUUGUUAUGCAGUCGGUGGUGGGCAACACAGUGGCGUUCCGAGUGCACGCACCCUGCAGCGGCGCCUUUCUGCUCGACAUAUUUGCGAACGCAGUUACCCCCAAAGAGUACCUUACUGGCGAACCAAUGAAGUUCAAGAGCGUGUGCAAAUUCAAAAUAUGUUGUGAAGAUCUGCAAACAGUGAUGGUGCCACUACCCGAUUGCGCCAGCGGCGAAUGGGGCCCCACUAAGGCUACUAGGUUGUUUGGAUUGGUUCCGAUCACGCACCAAGAUGCACUAAUCUUUGCUGGCAGAGAGUUGGAAACGCAAUUCCGAAUGUCGCGUCAACUAACCGACUUUAUGGCCACUCUGCACAAGAACGGCGUUGAAGAGAAACGAUUGUCCAAGUUUGUGUCCCACAAUGUGACCGAUGAUAUUGUUACGUUCAAUAUCAGUUUUCCGGAAGAAGGACAAUACGGACUGGACAUUUACACGCGCGAAAUGGCCUCAUUGCAGGACUUGCCAGGUGAAAAGCACCUGCUGACGCACUGCUGCAAAUACCUCAUCAAUUCAUCGAAACGAAACUAACCAGGUUACCUUUAGGUAGUAAACUUGCCCAUGGAGUGCGGAAACUUGUUGAAAAUGAUUGUUCCAAACGCGGUAAGCCAGAUUGGAAAAAAAUCGUUUUCAACAACUGUGUUUUCCGCGAGACCUGCGCGCUUGUUUGUUCAUUUUUUUCAGAUGUUAUCUAGUCUUAAAUUAAUUUACAUGUGAAAACAUUAACGACGAUUAACCGGACUUUUGAUUUGCUUAGAUCGGUUUUGCUGAAACUUCGGUGCUGACUUAGUGAGAGUUCAGAGAUACUUAAUAUAUUUCUUAGUUGCCUAACACUUGCCAAAUUUCAGGCAUAUUUUCUUGGAAGGGUUUUGUUCGGAAUGCAUAUACAGGGAGGUCCAGUUUCCAAAGAGGAAACUUCAGGGAACGACAGAGAAUAGAAAUCAAUAUGAGUUUGCAUUAUAAACUAUAAUUAGGAAACGCUUUGUUAAAGGAAUACAGGGAAUUUAAGUUUGUUUUAAAAAAAUCAAAUUUAUUAAUUGUUGUCAAACAGCUGGGGAUAUCAAAGCAAAAUUUUGCAGGCCCUGCCAACGACGAGAGAGUACAUAUAUAUAAAUAAUCUUUAUUUCCUACAGAAAAAGCCUAUCGACCCAAUCGGUCUUUCUGCCCUAAGAGUACAUUUUGCAAUAAGAACGAAAUUUUGUGUUUUGUCUGUAGCCUCCGUGCCAACAGAUAAAUGAGUGUUUUUAAAGACAAAAAUAAGAAUACGACACUGCUGUUUCAUAGAAUAAAAAUCAUGUUUUUGCAUUCUCCAUUCAGUUCGAAAAAAAAUGCCUUUUAAAUUUCUCCGUACAAGCGUUUUUACGUAAAAAAUAGCUGAUAAUUUAAUGAAACUGUAAUAUAAUUAAUUCGCAAAUUCAAUCGAUGAUAAUCACAACAAAAUUAAAGAAAUUGUCUAAAUGUAGUCCGCGCUCUUUAAUACAUUUUCGACAUGGACAACUAAUUAUGCACGAAUUUAUUGCAGCCGAUACCUUAUGAAAAUUUUUCCGCAUAUCAUUGCAGGCUUGUUGAAUUCGUCAAAGUAAAUAAUCUCUGGUUAAAACUGGAGAAGAAUAAAGUUUAUAUUUUUUUUCUAUUUGCCCCCAAACGUAAAAGUCCAAUGAAUUCAAAAAAUCAGUGGCGUUCCACUCCAAUCAUUUUUUCCUUAAAAGCAUGUGUUAACGUGUUAGUACGGACAUCACUGACAAAACAAAAAAAUGAGUUUUUAUUGGAAAAUAUGCUCCCCGUUGGCAGUUAUUGCCCGUAAAAUAUAAUUUAAUCCUUAAUGAAGCGUUUCAAGAAUGCAGCUUAAAAAUCAUUCAUAGUAUUUUGAUUCUCUAUCGCGCCCUGAGUUGACUCAUUGUACAUAUUUCUAUGCAGUUUCCUCCUCCAAAUUGAAUAAAUCGAAUAUUGAUAAUAUAGGAGAGUGCAAUAUUAACAAACGAUUCGACAUAAGCAACAAGAGAUUUUUAUAUAAAAAAUAUAUAUUUUUGUAAUAAUUAUGAAUAUGCACGUGUUAUGAAUUUAUAUAUAUUUUUGUUAUGUACUAUUAAUUUAAUUGCGUUAGGAUUGAACAAUUUUGUACAUUGCUUAAAUUCACAUUCCACUUAAUUGCAUUUAAAAGUAAUAAAGUUUAUUUAUUAA